AUGGUUAAGAUGGGCCCUGCAGUUGGUGGUAAUGGUGGCGAGACGUUCAACCUCUGGCGUGAUAAGCCCGUGGAACAAUUGGACGUAUGGUACGGCAAAGGCAGUGACGACCUUGAGAAAGAUAUUGUUCUAAAGGGAAUCAAAAUCAGAUGGGCCACGGAUGGACAGGGCCACGUCGAACUGGGCCAGGCUGGAUAUUGCCCGCCAAAGGAAGAGCAGAAUAUCCUGCACACCAAUUUCAACUUCAUUUCCGGCAAUGAACCCCUCUACUGGAUGUAUAUUUACGGAUCAACCGGGCGUGCUCAUUCACUCCGAAUCGGGACUCAUGACUUGGUGACUCGUGAAGAUAGGGACUUUUUCGAGGUAGGAGGAAUCGGCGGGGACCAAUGCAUUCAACCUGCUUAUGGUAGAAAGCUAUAUGGAUUUUAUGGAAGAGCAGGAGAAGAUAUUGAUCAGCUAGGGGCAGUAUUCGAUGAUUAA